AUGGGGUGGAAGCCAAUCAGCAACAACCCGGCAGUUAAUCCCAAAGCUCCGCCUCUUCCGGUGCCAGCCACGGGAGGCACCGCCGUCGGCGACUCGAAAACACCGAGCAACGAUACCACCAACAACGAUGUGACAUUGCGGGAAUUAGCCCAACCUGUAAAGUUCACGUCGCGUGUUCAACCUGUCUGUCUGCCGACGCAUCCGUCCACGGAUUUGGCCAACGUCGCCAAUAUUGACAAAGAACGCGACGGAAAACAAGCGACAUUCGUGGCUGCAUGGGGUCAGUUGGUGGAAAACCAAGGACGAACAGACAAUAAUUUCGCCAUUCCUACUUUGGGCGCCGGCUCGGACAAACUGGAACAAAUGGCCAUUGAUUCAUACGACCGGACUACGUGCGUUAAACAGUUGGAAGGGUUCACCUUCCCUGAAGCUAUGAUUUGUGGUGGAUCCCCGGAAGGUGGUGAAGAUUUCUGUCAAGGCGACAGCGGUGGCCCGUUAGUGGCUAAGGACAAGGACGGGCAUCACGAGCUGAUCGGGGUGGUGUCGCGGCGGGAAGGGCUGCGCGCGCCCGGUGUGCCGGGAAUCUAA